AUACUAGUAUGUGGAUAUGUGCUGCCUGUAACCCCAACAAACCAAAGCAAACCAAACUCCAUCUCCAUCUGCUCGCUCGCUCACGCAGCAGCCAUGACCAUGACGACACCACCGCCAAGGCAGCAGCAUGGCCUGGCCGCUGUUGCGUCCGAGGUGCGCGCGCAGCGCGGCAUCGCGCUCCCUCUCAUCGGCAUGAACCUCACCUGGUUCGCCAAGCAGGCCGUGACCACGGCCUUCCUCGGCCGCCUCGGCGACCUGGAGCUGGCCGCCGGCACGCUCGGCUACAGCUUCGCCAACGUCACCGGCUUCGCCGUCCUCAGCGGCCUCUGCGGCGCCAUGGAGCCCAUCUGCGGCCAGGCGCACGGCGCCGGAAACGUCGCCCUCCUGCGCGGGACGCUGCUCAGGGCCACCCUCAUGCUCCUGGCCGCCUCCGUCCCCAUCGCGCUCCUCUGGACGCGCGUCGACGCCGUGCUGCUGCGCUUCGGCCAGCAGCCCGACAUCGCGGCCACGGCCAGGACCUACGUGCUCUGCCUCCUCCCGGACCUCGCCGUCACCUCCGUGCUCAACCCGCUCAAGGCGUACCUCAGCGCGCAGGAGGCCACGCUGCCCACUCUGUUCGCCGCUGCCCUGGCGCUGGCGCUCCACAUCCUGCUCACCGUCUCGCUCUCCGCCAGGAUGGGCGUCCGGGGCGUGGCCGCCGCCGUCUGGCUCAGCGACCUCGCGCUGGCGCUCAUGCUCGCCGCCUACGCGCUCGCCCACGACCUCCGGCGCCAGCGGGGGACAACGUCGAAGCCGAUAGCGGCGGCGGCGGCCGCCGGCUGGCUGCUGCUCCUCCGCCUGGCCGUCCCCUGCUGCCUCAACACCUGCCUCGAGUGGUGGUCCUACGAGAUCCUGGUGCUCCUCACGGGGCGCCUCCCCGACGCGCGCCGCACGGUGGGCGUGGUCGCCGUCACGCUCAACUUCGACUACCUGCUGUUCGCGGCCAUGCUGUCGCUGUCCGUCAGCGCGUCGGUGCGCGUGUCCAACGAGCUGGGCGCCGGGGACGCCGCCACGGCGCGCCGCGCCGCCAGGGUGUCGGUGGCGGGCGGCGCGGCGGCGGGCCUCGCCGGAGGCCUGCUCAUGCUGGCGGCGCGCCGGCCGUGGGCGCGCAUAUACACGCGCAGCCCGGAGGUGCGGGACGGCGUGGGGCGGGCCAUGAAGGUGAUGGCGCUGCUGGAGGUGGUCAACUUCCCGCUCAACGUGUGCGGCGGCAUCGUGCGGGGCACGGCGCGGCCGCUGCUGGGCAUGUACGCCGUCGUGGGCGGCUUCUACGUGGUGGCGCUGCCGGUGGGCGUCGCGCUCGGCUUCAAGGCCGGCCUCGGGCUGGAGGGCCUCCUGGCCGGCUUCCUGGUGGGCGCCGCCGUCAGCUUGGCGGUGCUGGUGACGGUCAUCGUGCGCAUGGACUGGGCGGCCGAGGCAGAGAAGGCGCGGACCCGGGCAGGGGCGGCCUCUGCCGGCAAUGUUGAGCCGGUGCCGGCCAAGGCCAACGAGGCGGCGCCAUCGGAGGCUUGCUAGCUAGCUCAUCAUAUGGAUCGAUCGCCACCGCUUAUAUAUAGCAACAAAAAUCACCAAUCUUGGAAACCCCUGCUACACUUGUAUUCCCAAACUACAUUCAUGGUUGGAGGCAACGAGGGAGGCAGGCAUUGGUGCUGAUGAUGCUGAUAGGCCAAGCCCAACUGCAAAACGUCGGAUCACCGGUGGGCCUAGUAAGCAAACAUAUGGGCCGGAUUGAGGAUGCAUCAUCGUUAUCAUCAUCUAUUCUAUUCUAAUUCUAUUCAGAUUGAAGAGGCACAGAUAGAUCGAUAACGGCAGGGGAGAGUAGUGGAGUGGAGCUGCUGCCAAUGGCCGUAGUCGUCCUCCAGCUCUUCGUAUAUUUCCAUCCAUACAUCGCUGCUCCUCAUCACUAUAGCCGUCUUCUGUCCUUACUUGUACACACUGGAGCUCACAGAUUCGUUCAUAAAGUAAUUAAGUUUGUGUC